CUUUUAAGUUAAUAUAUAAAGCACCACUCUAAAAGUACUGCUUUUCGAAUUAUAAACAAAAGUUCUUAUCUAAAAUUAUUUCACACCUUUUAUCUCUUUCUUAAAUUUGAAAUUUUCCUAAUUAUCAAAUAUUAAUCAUAACCACUAUAAAUGUACGAGUUGUAUGUGUGGUUCAAGUCCCUACACUACACUAUAUCGUUUCUUCCAACGAGUAGCUUCCUCCACCAAACACUAAACCAAACCAUAAAAAUAUUAAUAUAGAAAAAACAAACACAAAAAACUAAGAAAAAAAACCUAAGCAUCACCGUAACUAAACUCAGGAACCUGAAGCAAGGGAAUCCAUGGACUCAAGGCGUGUCUCACUUUCUGCAACACAAGGGACCCCAUUAGUACCAGCUCAACCUUUUGAACCACGUAAGCUUGCUCUUUCCAGCUCAGUUUUGUCAUCUAGUUCACUUCCUAUUCGAGCCCCUAUUACUGUUGAUGAUGAUUCUGAUUUUGAGUCGAACAACAUUAAGUUUGAGAAUACCAGUUCUGGUGGUAGUAGUAGUGUCAGUGGUAAUGACAGUGGAAGUGAGAAUGAGGUUUUUGUGAGUGGGGAAGAGUUUGAAACGGCGUCAGAGUCAGAAAGGGCAUUAGUGGCUGGUCCAGAUGAGGGUGCUGUUGAAGAAAGUGAUAUUGAUGGUAAAGAUGGUGUUCUUAGGCCUUUUGUUGCAUACCCAGAUGAAGAAAGUUUGGAGGAUAAGGAUGGAAAUUUGAAGUUGGUUAGGCCAAUUGCUCAGUUGUCUUGGGAGGACGAUGAUGAUAGUGAUUUGGUAUUUAGUGAGGUGGAAGAUGAAUUUUCUUUGAGUAGUAUUGAGGUUAACAAUCUUGGAGUUGUAGAGAAGAUUAGUGUUGCACCUAGAAUUAAAAUUUUUGAGGUGGAAGAAGGAAAAGAAGAUGAAUCCCUGGUGCAGACCAAGUCUUUGAUUGUAAACCUGACAGAGAAUUUUGACUCGGAUAUUUUUGUUGAAGCUGAGAAUAGUUUUUCCAAUGUUAAAGAUGAGAAGUUGCAUGAUGUAGAGGAUUUUGUUCAAGAUGUAUUAGUUGAAGACACUUCUGGUGGGGGUGCAGCGCAUGAAGAGCCUUUGGAGGCUAAUAAAAGAGAUGCUGUGGUGCUAAAUUCAGAAUUGAUUGAACAUGUCAAGCUUUUUUGUGCUGAGGAACAUAAGUUUAAGGAGUUUGAUACUAGGAAUACCCAGAUUGAAGAUUCUAGUGAUUCGGAGUCGCUUAAGGAAGAAAAUGACGCUGUUCAAGGUUACUAUGAAGAUACUGAUAAACUUGUGGCCAACAAUUUGGUAGAGAAAGAAGAAGUGGAUCUCUUGGAGUCAGAUGUUGAUAAGGGGGGAGCAGAGAAUAAUUUGAAGUAUGCAGUGGAAGAUCUCUUCGUAUGUGAGAAUGGCAACAAAAGCAGUAGUGAAGGUGCAGAAAUUGACGAGAUUCCAGAAAGUAAAAUGGAUGCAGAAAUUGAUGAGAUUCCAGAAAGUAAAAUGGAUGCAGAAAUUGAUUUCGAUCACAUUAAGGAUAAUUCCUUGGCUGCCAUGCUUGAAUCAACUGAAAAUUGCUGUGAGGUGAAUCAGAAAGAGUUUGAUUUCAAUAAAGUUUCAGUGACUGAUGAAGCAGAAUACAAUGUAGAUUACCAUGAGUGUGAUUUAUCAGAAACAAUUGAUGAUAGUGAAAUAGUGGACUGUAAUGAGAACACGGAUGAAGUAGAAAAACAUAGUCAUGUUUCUGAUGAAGAUGCUGAAGAUUUGGCACAUGGGGGCUCUGAAAGAACUGAAAAGAUAAUUGUUAAAGUGGAAGAAAAGGUUGUGGCUGCAUCUCAUUUGGGAACAAUUGGUUCUGAAGAUCAUUUUCACGAGUCAAUUGAAGGAGACAAGUCUGCCUCGUCAAUGAAUAUUUUGAACGCAACUACUGUUGUCAGUCCCACUAAUUUUGAUUCAUCACUGCAUUCUGGAGAGGCUGCUUCUCAACAGACUCACAUCAACACUCUUACUCCUUUAGACCUUAGUCGGGAUGAAAUUGAGGUCAACCCAAGCGAAGAGGAUAAAAAGAAGAUUGAGAAGAUGCAAUUCCUGAAAGUAAAAUUUUUGAGGCUUGUUCACAGACUUGGUAUUUCCCUUGAAGAUUCAAAAGUUACCCAAGUAUUAGAUAGGUUAGUCCUUGAUGUUGAGAAACACACAAAACAUUUUGGUACCCUUGAAUCAACAAAGAAAAUGGCCUUGGAUUUUGAAGCUGAUAAUAGAAGUAACUUGGACAUCUGUUUGAACAUUUUGGUUCUUGGAAAAUCUGGAGUGGGAAAAAGUGCAACCAUUAACUUCAUUUUUGGUGAGAAGAAAGCCAUUAUCAAUGCCUUCAAACCUGCCACUACUUCUUUGAAAGAGAUUGUUGGAACAGUUGAUGGAGUCAAGAUUAGAAUCCUCGACACACCAGGUCUGAAAGUACCUGCUGCCAACCAGAAAAUGUUGUCAACUAUCAAUAAAUACAUAAAGAAAUUCCCUCCAGAUGUUGUCUUUUAUGUUGAUCGUUUGGAUACCCAAAACAGAGAUAAUGAUUUACCUUUGUUAAGAUCAAUCACUAGAUGUCUUGGUUCAUCGAUAUGGAAAAAUACGAUUGUCAUUUUGACUCAUGCUGCUUCUGUUCCACCAGAUGGCCCAUCAGGCUUACCCCUUAGCCGUGACAUCUUUGUUGCACAAAAAUACCAUGGUGUUCUACAGUCUAUCAGCAUGGCCGUUGGUAAUUUGUAUCUUAUGAAUUCAAGUUUUAUGCAUCCACUUGCUCUUGUUGAGAACAAUCCACUGCACUGUGAUAGUUCUAGCUGGAGAUCCCAACUGUUGCUCUUGUGCCUUUCAUUAAAGGUCUUAUCAGAAGCAAGUUCCAUAACAAUGCGUGAAAAACCUUCUGAUCAGAGGAAAUUUAUGGGUGUUUCCAUCCAUUCGUCUCUUUUGAACUAUCUAUUGUCAUCUUUAUUGCAGUCUCAUGUUCAUCCAAACAAUGCUGAUUCUGAUACUGAGUUUGCGGACUUAUGGGAUCUUGAAAGUGAAGAUGAGGAUGAAUAUGACCAACUGCCUUCAUUCAGGCCUCUGACUAGAUCUCAGAUUGCUAAGCUCAGCAAAGAACAGAGAAAAAGUUAUUUUGAGGAAUAUGAUUAUCGUGUGAAGCUCCUUCAAAGGAAGCAGUGGAAAGAGGAGAUUAAAAGGCUGAGAGAAAUGAAGACCAAAGGAAAAGAUGAUGAUGCACAUAUUUAUCAUGAUUUCAAGGAGGAUGAGGACAAGGAAUAUUCAAAUCCAACUUCUAAAUCAGUGCCUUUACCUGACAGCACCCUUCCACCUUCCUUUGAUGGAGAAGAAUCUGCCUACAGAUACCGGUCUCUAAACCUCUCGUCUGAGCUUCUUGUGACACCAGUUAUGGAAAGUUAUUGUUGGGACCAUGAUUGUGGGUACAACGGUGUCAACCUCGAAAAGGAAUUUGUUGUUUCUGAUCGAUUUCCAACUGCCUUUUCUUUUCAAAUCAUAAAGGAUAAGAAAAAGUUCAAUAUUCACUUGGAUUCCUCAUUAUCUAUGAAGCGUGGAGAGAAUUGCUCAACCUUGGCAGGACUUGACGUCCAGACUGUUGGAAAGCAGCUUGCCUACACUCUCAGAGGUGAAACCAAAGUGAGAAACUUCAGAAUAAACAAAACAACUGCUGGAGUAACUGUCACUUUCAUAGGCGAAAAUCUUGCAACAGGGUUCAAAGUAGAGGAUCAGAUUGCAAUCGGUAAGCUCUUAGUUUUGGCAUCAAGUGCUGGAGCUGUGCAAUCUCAAGGCAACACUGCAUAUGGUGCCAACUUGGAACUGCGUCUCAAGGAGAAGGAUUUCCCCAUAGGACAAGAUCAGUCCAAUCUGGGUUUGUCUUUGAUGAAAUCAAAAGGAGAUUUGGCUUUAACAGCUUUCCUGCAGUCUCAAUUCUCAGUCGGACGAAGCUCUAAAAUGGCUAUCCAUAUUGGCUUGAACCAUAGGCGAAGUGGGCAGAUCACUAUCAAAACAAGCAGUGCCAAUCAGCUCCAAAUAGCGUUGGUUGGUAUUCUUCCAAUCAUGUUCUCAAUCUUUAGAAGUAUAUACUCUACACAUCGAGCACAAAACUCUACUUCCUAGGUGCUCUGUAUUUGUUUUUUGUGUGUCCCUGUAAAUUUACUACUUUGAUGAUAUGAUAUUGAGUAUAAAAAGUAUCAUAAGUUUUUGUUGAUCUUUAUCUUGAUGCUUCGUUGCCAUUCAAUCUGGUAGAUAUUCCAGUUGUAAUGUAUCUGAACUGGUUGAACUAAUCAUUGAUGAAGUCUUCUGGGCAGUUGGCUCAA